AUGAUAUUGGUGAAUACAUCAGCGGGGACUUUCUCUUGUUUUGCCGAUGACGUGAAGAUAUUUAGAGAAAUUUCCUCAGCUCAACAACAAAAUGAAUUGCAGAGGGAUCUUGACGGUGUGGACCAAUGGUGUGUUAUCAAUGAAAUGGACUUGAACCCAACCAAGUGUGUUUCCGUCUCCUUUUCCAGAGCCAGACAGACUCUUCUAUUUGACUACUACCUCCAGGAAGCUGCCAUCAGAAGAGUGGAUAGAAUUCGCGACCUCGGAGUACUUCUGACAUCAAACCUUGACCCCAGUGCCCAUAUCUCGGACAUUUGCAGCAGGGCUAAUCGUGUUCUUGGACUUAUCAACCGAACCUGCCGCCAGCACUUUGCUAUUCCUGCCAUAAGAACACUUUACGUCACAUUAGUUCGGCCAAUACUAGAAUACUCCGUUACGGUAUGGUCCCCACAUCAGGUUGGUCACUGCUCUAGUCUUGAUGCUGUACAAAGACGCUUUCUACGGAUGGUUGGCGUGAAGAUGGGAUAUCGCUACUUGGAGACAAACUUGGAGGAAAUGGGACAACAGCUGCACCUUCCUUCCCUUGGCUGCUCGCAGGGCUCUACUGGAUCUCAUGUUCCUCUACAGACUACUAAAUAG